AUGUGCAGGUUUAACUUUCACACUCUCGCCUCCGCCUUUGUGGCCGCAAGCGCAACUUACCUGAUUUUCGCAUUACGCACUUUUGCCUACAACAUAGACACUUUGGCACCGGCUAUUGCAAAAGCAACCUCCAAUGCACCGUUAAGUGCGGCUGUUAUCACACAUUGGCAACAGCAACAGCACCCAGAAAAAAGAAAUGAUUCCGCUCUGCCGGGCAUGUCGAUCGGCGCUAUGGGCGAUCCACAAAUGAAUGCCACUAUGCUGACGGCGUUGAAUUCCAAUGUGGUUAUCACCUUUGGCCCUGACAGCGGAUACGUGUACGAAGACCGGCAAGGUCAUGUGGUGAAGCGCGAGAACAUCGAAUACGAUUUGUCUGGUAUGCGCGUGUACAAUGUGGGUGUGUUGAUGGCAUCACAUUUGGAUUCACCUUUUGAUUUGGAGCGUUGCGGGCCUGCCGUGGACUUGGCACUGGAUGUUAUUAAUAGGGAAUUUUUAGGGCCGCAUAAAAUUAAAUUGCGUAAAGUGCAAGCAAGUUACCCUUCAUGUUCUGGAGCAAAGGCACCUGGUUUGGCCGCUGAUAUGCAUUUUAAGGAUGAUGUCAUAGCUUUUAUUGGACCCGCCUGUGCAUUCGCAUUGGAGCCGGUUGCACGUUUGGCUGCCUAUUGGAAUUCGCCGAUUAUUACAGGAAUGGGUGACCAGCCACCUUCUGAUGAUGAAUUAACGGUUACAUCUGGUAUACUGGGUAAAAUUCACAAAUGGAAAAACGAAAGUACGGGCAUGUUUAAGGAUAAAAGCAAGUAUCCAACACUUACACGCAUGUCAUAUUGUCAGUGUCGUCUCAAAUUGGUUUUUGCGAGUAUAUUUCGUCAAUUCAAUUGGAAACAUGUGGCGUUGAUUAUUGACCGCUCGGAUCUUUUCUCGCUGACCGUUGGCAAGAAUCUGGAGUAUGGACUGCGGCAAGAAGGUUUGCUUAGUUUUGUACGUGAGCUGAAUGGUAAUGAGCAGGAACCAUAUGAGAACUAUUUGAAGGAUGCGAGCAUGUAUGCAAGAGUGGUAAUUUUAUCGUUGCGUGGCAUUUUAGUGCGCAAAUUUAUGCUCGCCGCUUAUACAUUGGGCAUGACGAACGGCGAUUGGGUAUUCCUGGAUGUGGAGAUAUUUCAGAGCUCCUAUUGGGGUGAUCACGACUGGGAAAUGGGUGAUGCACUUGAUAGCCAUGCACGCAAGGCAUAUGAAGCAUUACUGCGCGUUUCUCUGCUCCAACCAACAAAUCCACAAUAUCAAGGGUUUGCAGAUAAAGUGCGCGCAAUGGCUAAAACGUAUAAUUACACCUUCAGCGAAGGUGAAGAAGUAAAUUUUUUUAUUGGCGCUUUCUAUGAUGGCGUCUACUUGCUCGGCAUGGCCUUCAAUGAAACUCUUACCGAAGGGGGAAAUAUCCGUGAUGGCAUGGCUAUAACACGCCGCAUGUGGAAUCGCAAUUUCCAUGGCAUAACCGGUCAUGUGCGCAUAGACGACAAUGGUGACCGUGAUGCUGAUUACUCCAUUUCAGAUUUGGAUCCGAUAAAUGGAAAAUUUGAGGUGGUGGCACAUUAUUAUGGACUGCAUCGCGAGUAUUCUGCCGUCGAUGGCAAAAAAAUCCAUUGGCCUGGCGGACGUGAAGGUCCACCGCCAGACGUGCCACGCUGUGGGUUUUUAGGCAAUGCACCGGAGUGUCAUGGCAAUGAGUUGAUCAUCAUGUAUGGUACUUUUGCAUUCGCCAUUUUUAUUGGAUUUUCCUUCCUCGUGGUUUACCUGAUGUGCAAACAAAUGAAACUAAAUAAUGAACUAAACAAUAUGUCCUGGCGUGUGCGCCCAGAUGAGGUACUACUAGAGGUGGGACGACUUUAUGGCAGCAAAGUUGGCCUACAAAAACUCAAUGUUGAGAACUUUUCGCUCCAACAGUACGAUAUCCAUUCGGGUCGCGCCUCUAUAGCAAGCUGUGCAUCACUUCCGCUCACCCAGGUCUUCACCACAAUUGGCAUAUUUAAAGGGGAGCGCGUCGCCAUCAAGAAGAUACACCGCAAAAAGGUCGACAUCACACCAACGCUGUUGUGGGAAAUCAAACAGGCGCGUGAUGUUAGCCAUGAGAAUACAGUGCGCUUUGUGGGCGCUUGUAUAGAUUUGCCACGGCCAACUGUGCUAAUACUUACCGAAUACUGUCCGAAGGGUAGUUUAAAAGAUGUGCUAGAAAAUGAGGCAAUACAAUUGGAUUGGAAUUUUCGUAUGUCGCUCAUACACGACAUUGUUAAGGGCAUGGCUUAUCUGCAUAACAGCGAUGUCCAAGUGCAUGGUAAAUUGCGUUCCUGUAACUGUCUCAUAGACGGCAGAUUUGUAUUGAAGAUUUCAGAUUUUGGUUUGCGUUCACUAACAACACCCUCGGAGUUUGUAAAGGACCAGAAUUACUUUAACAAGUUCCUUUGGAUCGCACCGGAAUUACUACCGCUGACGGUGCUACCCGGCAAUCCAGCGACACAAAAAGGUGAUGUUUACUCAUUCGCAAUCAUAUUAGAGGAAAUUGUUGUACGCGGUGGACCUUAUGAAAUGGCACGCCAGUUUAUGGAUUUCCAAACUAUAUUGAAUCGAGUGGAGGCUCACGAAGUGCCACCAUUUCGACCAUUUGUUGGGCAACGCGAUUGUCCGCCCGAUGUUCUUGAUUUAAUGGAAAAAUGCUGGGCUGAUAAUCCAGAAGACAGACCAGCAUUUGCCACAAUAAGGUCUUCGGUGCGUUUAAUUAUGAAAGGUUUUUGUGAAAAUUUAAUGGAUGAUUUGCUGCGUCGUAUGGAACAGUAUGCCAACAACUUGGAGAGUUUAGUAGAGGAGAAGACCGAACAACUCAGCAUGGAAAAACGUCGCACGGAAGAGCUACUCUAUCAGGUUCUCCCAAGACCUGUAGCAACUCAGCUGCUAGCCGGUGAAAUGGUGCAGCCGGAGCAAUUUGAGUGUGUGACCAUAUAUUUCAGCGAUAUUGUGGGUUUUACAGCGUUAUGUGCAGAGAGCGGUCCCAUGGAAGUGGUUGCUUUCCUCAACGAUCUUUAUAGCACAUUCGAUCGUAUUAUAGGUUUCUACGAUGUGUAUAAGGUCGAAACAAUUGGCGAUGCUUACAUGGUAGUUUCUGGUCUCCCCGAACGUAAUGAUGAUCAUGCACGUGAAAUAGGUCUUAUGGCACUCGCCAUCUUGGAUGCUGUCAAAUCAUUUACCAUACGCCACAAACCGGAUUAUCAAUUAAAAAUAAGAAUUGGCGUACAUGCGGGUCCAGUUUGCGCAGGUGUGGUUGGUCAAAAAAUGCCACACUAUUGUCUUUUCGGUGAUACUGUGAAUACGGCAUCGCGCAUGGAGUCAGCAGGGUUACCUCUAAAAAUACACGUCUCCUCAGCAGCUAAGGCAAUUUUCGACAAAUUUGGCACUUUCCAAAUGGAGUUACGCGGUGAAGUGGAGUUAAAAGGAAAAGGCACAGUCACCACAUAUUGGCUUUUGGGUUGCACUGAACCAGAUCCACGACCCCCAACACCACAGAAGAACAACAAUGGUGAGGUACCAUUCCCCAUACUCUUUCCAACUAUUGGCAAAUAG